AUGCGCUCCGAACCCGUCCAGAGGAGACAGCGCGCAUCGCGAGCCUGCGACUUCUGCCAUGCUAGAGGGCUUAGAUGCCUCCAGGCGCAGGAGUCGCGGGCUGAUUGCGUCACUUGCACCAACUAUGGCGUUAAAUGCACGAUGAACCGGCCGAUUCGAAGAAGAGGCAGGAAGCCGACGGUGCCAGGAUCAGACGAGCUCGACGACGGUCAACCCAAGGAUGAAGAUCCGGGAAGUGCUGAGCAGCCAUCUAGCUUCCCCUUCCUCUCGGAGAGCGACCUUCUUGGCCGCUGGGAAACGGGCGUUCCCGACCAGGACGGAGCGUCGUACCUGUUGCUGAUGGCGGUGUGCGCUGUCAGCUGCCAAGCGGCUGCUCUGAACGCGGUCUUCGACGACGCCUUGCUCGAAGGCCUUUGCGUACCCGAAAGCGACCAAUACUUCUCGGAAGCAGUUUCCAAGGUCCCGGCGCGCAUCGGCCAGUCCGAGUCGCAAGACCUCGAUUACUUGCGAUCCUUUGGCCUUCUGGCCGUGUAUUCCUUGCAAUGCGGCAAUCACAGUGACCUCCACCGCUAUUUGGGCUUGUACCACGCCCUGGUCGCCCAAACUGGCCUGCACGACGAAAGUCGCUGGCCCGAGUUACCUAUGACCGAGGUGGAUGAUCGGCGACGGCUCUUUUGGUGUGUCUAUCGCCUCGAGAUCCAUUCCGCGUGCGUCCUCGGGCACGUCGUGCGAUUACCGGAGUCGCAGGUAUCGGUUCUCUAUCCGCGUAAGACUACGUCCAUGGACGCCGAAACGCAGGCGUGGACGUUGGGCUGGGACUACAUCACCGACCUCUUUCGGCUUUUGGAGUAUGCCAUCUCCAGUUUGAGAGGCAAGAAUCGUAAGCCAGGCUUGGUCGUUUUUCACGACGGACCCUCGCCCACAACGUUGCUGGGCAGUCUGGCUCGACUCAAGGCCGGCAAAUCGCGCACCUUGCUUUACUGGACCGAGCCCGGCAACCAGUCCCAAAGUAACCGGUGUCGGUACAUGACGGUUCAAAUCAAUUGCACGGAGGCGCUCGUCAGCAUCAUGACCCUGCUCUGCUGCCAGGCCCCCGUCCGUGAGGUGGUGGAUAUUGCAGAGAGCUUCCUCGAUCAAGUGACCAAAGCUCCCCUCAUCAUGUUCAAGGUCGCGAGCAGUCAGAUCGUGCAUCAGCUGCUCGGCGUCGGUCAUAUGCUUCUCAAUGCCUCGCGGUACGACGACGGCCAAUUACGGUCCGAAGCGAAGCGACUGGUUGAGGUUUUGGCGGAUCUGGUCAAGAAUCUCGAGCAUGAUAUUCCCGCUGCAGCCGAGGCUGGAGAACGACUGCUAAGGCUUGCGGACGCCGCUCGAUGAUGUGUGGAAUAGGCACUGAUUGGUCCCAAAAAAGUUGUAUAUUUUAAAGCCAAUUCCGAUGGUGAAUACUCUCCACGACUCAAGAAAGCCACUGCAAGUGGGUUGGGUACUAUUCCACCAAGCUUCACACAGAUGCGGUCACGAGGUCGAUGCACUCCAGGUAUCUAAGCGUGUAACUACGCAAAUCGACGAUUCGUGUUUCCACGCGACCAACACAAUUACCCUUCUGGCUGCUGCUUUCCGGCGGGCCAGAGCCUGACGUAUCAGCCAGGCGCUGUCAGUCGAGACUACUGUGUGUG